AUGGUCACUCGUGACCGUUCUGCUAAAACCAGCUAUAAACGGUGUACACUUUUAGUGAACCGUGACAAUGAGGAUCUGGUUGGUAGUGGGGAUACUGCCCUUUCUGUUCCUGUGGAUGAUUCGUGGUAUGUGAUUGAACCAGAUGAAAGCAUUAUUUUUGUCAAUUCUAAGGGAUCUGUUACACUCGCUGUACUCUGCAGCAAGUAUGGCCAGCAUCCUGACCUGUUGACUUAUGUCAAUAGUAUCAUCGACGAGGCUGUCAAUGACCGCAAGGGGGUCAGGCCUACCCAUGGGAGGGAGCUGGUUCAGUUCAGCUGGAAUGCUGGUCCUCGUCAUGCACGUGUCUUCAGUCUGGUGAACAACUUUACCAAUAAGAAGAAGCUGUCCAUGGCUACAAGGCAGCAGAAGGACUCCUGUGCUUUAGGAAUUCUGGCUUUGAGCUGGAACUUGCUCAUAGCUAGUCUCCCUGCUGAGGUCAUCAAAGGCAAUGACUUAGACUUUGGGUAUACCCUAGACUUACCUGGUGGUCCUCUCUGCUUUUCGACAGCUGAGCGGGCUCCCUCUGAGGCAUAUAUGUCACAGAAUUAUGAGUCCCCCAUUCACACAGACCAACUCUAUGCCCCUUAUGCGAUGAACUGGGUUACUCUUCAUGCUAUCAUGGAUCCAGAGCAAUGUCAGCUUCAUGUUGGUCGUAGUUCUGGUGGAAAUUAUGUGGAUGUCUCCCUCAAGGUAGUGGUGAAAUGUGCCACUGACAUAGUCAUGAGUAUGCAACCCUGUUUCCAGCAUAGUACAACCCUUGCUCAAGAUGGUGUCUGCAGACAAGGAACUGCCAUCAAUUUUUUGAGGCACAUCAAGCAAGCCUUUGAUGAGGCAAUUGCAAUUGAAGGUGAUGUCAAGGCAAUAGUUAUCCGACUUGUAGAGGAAGAAGAGUGA